CCCACCCAAAAAGGUUAGAGAUGAAUAGGAGAGACUAGAGAGCAAGCAAAGAAGAACAGGGAGGGGGGCUACAGCUUAAGCUAACAUGGACGCAAGCGGCCUGAAAACGCUAAAUGCCAUCACGUCUUUCCAUUUCCGCUCCAAAGCUCCUCUCUUUCGCUCUCCCCACUUUGCCCAGUUCAAGCACAAGCUCCACCUCUCUCUCUCCUCCCCUCGCUUCUCUCUCCUCUGCCCUGUUGCGGAAAGAAGUGAGGAGAGUUCUUUGCCUUUGCCUUUGCCUCGCGGUGCCGGCGAGGCGUUGAGCGAGGAGGUUUCGAGAAGGAAGCUUCUUCAAGUGGUUUUAGUAUCACCUCAGAUUCCUGGAAACACAGGUUGCAUUGCCAGAACAUGUGCUGCAUCAGCUGUUGGACUACACCUAGUUGGGCCAUUAGGAUUUCAGGUGGAUGAUGCAAAAUUAAAGCGUGCGGGGUUGGAUUACUGGCCAUAUGUGGUUGUUAAAGUUCAUGACUCGUGGAUGGAGUUUCGAGACUAUUUCAGGCAACAGGAUGGGGAAAAGCGGUUGCUUGCAUUCACCAAGAGAGGAACAGCAAUCCAUUCAGAUUUUUCCUACAGAAGAGGCGACUAUCUCAUAUUUGGGUCAGAAACUUGUGGCCUACCACCUGAAGCUCUGCUAGACUGCAAAAGUGAAGCAUUUGGCGGCGGGACCAUUCGGAUUCCAAUGGUUGAAACUUAUGUUAGAUGUCUAAAUCUCUCUGUAAGUGUGGGCAUCGCCUUGUAUGAAGCUUCCAGACAGCUAAACUACGAACAAAUUCAAGUACCACCUGAAAAUUGUGUGGAUACAGAACAAUCAUUUAUUACUGAGGAUAUUUUUGCUUAAUUCAAUGGUAGCAGAGUUCAUAUUUA